AUGGCCAGCACUGUUCCACCUCAGACAUGGGAGUCCGGCUAUGCCCGUCCGUCUCCUGUCGCCUCGUGGGAGGAUGAGACAAACUACCAAGGAGCCCACUACGCCCUCCCGGCUUACGAUGAGCCUCCUACGUCGACGGUGUCCAAUGCCCUGGGCGUGGCUCAAUUGCGAACAUGGCCCUCCAUCUACGAUGGCACUGCAUCAGACAGGCCUGAUUGGUUCCAGCCAGCUCAGGAUGUUGACGUGUUGAUCUGCGGAGCGGGACCGUUCGGACUUGCUCUAGGCUGUAUCCUUGCCCGACAAGGAAUCACUUUCCGCAUCCUCGACAAAGCCGACUCCCCUUGUCUUUCCGGCCGAGCAGAUGGCGUCCAUCCACGUGCGCUGGAGAUCCUCCAUUCCUGGGGCCUAGCCAGCGAAGUCGCCGAGGUUGGGCCAAUCCUAAAUUCCACGGUUCUCUACCGAAACGGCGUCAAGCUUUUCCAUAACCACAGUUCCACCUGUGACUCGCGGUACAAGGGGAUCCACAUUAUCACCCAGGGCCAAGUCGAGCGCGUCUAUAUUCGAGACCUGCUGCGGCAUAGAAUUCUGGUCGAGCGAGGAACAACUAUCCGCGAGUAUGCUGUGCAUCUAGACAGUGGCUCACACCCAGUCGAGGCGAGAGUACAGAAUGUCCAUACUGGCAAGGAGGAGGUCGUGCGUGCGCGACAUUUGAUCGGUGCUGAUGGGGCACAGUCCACCAUCCGCCAGCAGAUUGGCGUCCCGUUUGACGGGUUAACGACGGAUCUCUACUGGGCGAUUAUGGACUGUCGGUUCAAAACUGAUUAUCCUCAUAUCCUGGGGUUCAAUGUCAUUAUCAGUGCUGAACACGGGGGUACUAUUGUCAUACCGCGAGAACAGGGCUACACGAGAUUCUACGUUCAAGUUAACGGCGAAAGGGCACGCAAAUUGCAGGAGAACCGAAAGGCACGACGCAAUGCUUCGGCCGUGGGCGAGACUCGCAUCGAUGACCAUACCAUUACCCCCGCCGAGGUUCUUGAGCAGCUUAACAAGAUCAUUGCACCUUAUACCGUCGAGUUCGAUUCACCUAUGGGUUGGUUUUCGGUGUGGAGGGUCAGCGAGCGUGUCGCUCGAAGCUUCUCCACGCCGGACCUCCGCGUUCAUCUCGGAGGCGACGCCGCGCAUGUUCACAGCGUACUUGGCGCAUUCGGUCUCAACUCUUCGGUCUACGACGCAUCCAAUCUAGGUUGGAAACUAGGCCUCUGCAUUCGCAACAAAGCAGACCCUAGCAUCCUCCUUCCAACUUAUGACAUCGAGCGCCGUCUGUACGCAAACCGUGUUAUUCGAGCCUCAGGCGCUUAUCUUCGGUUUAUCUGCAACUCUCAUCUGCCACUUGCAGCGCUGCGAGAUCUCGGAGAUGACUUGGAGUCUCAUGCAGAGAACCUCCCUCUGCUAGACGGGACCGCAGAGGCUGAUAGGCAGUUUUUGCACAGCUUCUUCGCACGAAACGCUAUGUUUAUACUUGGAGUGGAGUGGCCCAUUGUGCCCUCCGCCAUCUGCCCUGAAGAAAAAGCAGAUACUUCCAUGUCCAGCCAAGAAACUCGCCCCAUCCGCCCAUGCUCCCUGCACAAUGGCGUCAGGGCCCCUAACCCCCGUAUCUGUCUCACCACCGGCACAACUACUUAUCUCUAUGACAAGCUGACCGGCGUAUCUCGAUUCCACCUUUUGGUCUUCGCCUCCGACUUGCGUGGUCCUAUCCGUAAAGAACUCGCCGCCUUCUCCAGUCGGGUCUUCCAGCAGCCGUCUGGCCUCUAUCCUCACUUUGGUGGGGCAGAGCGAUUCAACGUCGUUCUGAUCACCAAGGCCCAGCCAUGGGAGGCGAGUGGGCUGCUGCGAUCACAGUACAACGAUGACAACUUGCGGGGCCUACGCGAGAACGCGACUCUUGUCUAUGACGACCGAGUUCCCGAUGAGGAUGCGCAUUAUUGGUAUGGAGUAAACCAUUCGAAAGGUGCGGUGGUGGUUGUAAGGCCCGAUCUGGCCGUGGGCGUCAGCGCCUUCCUCGCUGAUGUGGGGGCGUUGGAGGAGUAUUUUGCUUCUUUUCUUCUGCCGGAGCAGGAUGUCCAUAACCCGGGGUACCGCUGUGUUUUGGACUCGACGGUGAGUGAGACCACUGGUGAUGAGGGUGAAGGGAAGCGGGUGAGGGACAGCAAUGUUUCACAUCGUGGUGGCUGGUGUCAAGCUUGUGGGCAUAUACUAGCACGUUGCCGGCAAUACUUGGCCAGAAAGUAG